AUGGUGAUCCGGCUCCUUCCAACUGACUUUAAGUUUGCCUGCAGCUUCUUGAAGAAGAUUUUGCGGACGAGACUCAGCAUGUCUGUCGCACUUUUUGACACGACACUUCGGCGCAAAACAGCUGUUGAUGAUCUGGUGGCAGCCGAACUGAACAAGCUCUGCCUCACGCGAACCUCUGGCAAUCGUGCUCUCGCACUUGGGCAGGCAACUCCAACUCACAGAAGUUUCGACUUCGCUCUGAACGUCUCACCGCCACGGCGGGGCCCAACUGCAGAAUACCUGCGCUUGGGUCUUGUGAGCUUUGGCUUCAAUGUCGCUGCGGCCAGCAGCGUGCUCGGGAGUCUCUUCUGCGUCAUCCUUAUGGAGGGCCGCAUCAAGGAGCUCCUGAUGCCAGUGCAUGAGGCUGUGGAAGGAACCUGGUUCGCCAAGCUGAUGUUGCUGGUGCUGCUGAGCAAGGCCCCGGAGCCCAGCCCGCUCGUCAUCCUUCUUGCCGCCGUCAUGGUCUGGUCACCACCAGAGAGCCUCUGGCUGGGUAUCAUAGAAACCAUGCCCAAGCUGGCGAUACCCAGCGUUGAUCCCACUGGACAGGGCGUAACAGUCGCCUUGGCAUUAUGGGCAAUGUUCGUGGUGACUUAUUUCAUCAACGGAUCGCUGCUGCUUGCAGUGGAAAUGCGCUUCCCACAGUUGAUUGGGGACUAUCGCAUCCAGACGUUAAAGUCAUCAAGCAGACCGGCAAUGUCGGCUCUCUGGAAAAACUUGGCAAGGACGAGCUUCGUUGUGUUGCCGUUGCUGCUUGCCGCCUUGAUCCCUGUGUGGCAGCGACUACGAAUGCCGUCCGUUCUACCAGGGCCAUGGGAGAUGUUUGUUCACAUAGGAUUUGGUGUUAUUGUGAACGAGGUACUGUUCUUCUACGGCCACUGGCUAAUGCAUGCCAACAAGUUCUUGUACAGGCAUAUCCACAAGAUCCACCAUGAAUUCAAGGCGCCAAUGGGAUUGGCUGCAAUCUACUGCCAUCCCUUGGAAUUCUUUGUUUCCGAUCUCAUGCCGCUUGGAGCGGGACUAGCUGCAAUUCGGACCAACGCCUUCACUGGUGUGGUUUGGAUGGCCUUCGCAGUCAUGGCGACGCAGACACACCAUUGCGGCAUCAGAUGGCCUUGGAUAGACUUCUUCUCAUUGAACGCCGAGGCGCAGCCCAACUACCACGAUUUUCAUCAUGAAAAGUUCAACGUGAAUUAUGGCGCCAUGGGAUGGCUGGAUGACUUGCACGGAACAUCCUGGGACUGGAAGAAAGACUUCUGGGCAAGACGAGGAUUUCCAAGCCAGCCUGCCGCAGCGAAGGCUGCGUAG